AUGGCUCGCCAACGUCCCGGCCGCGCUGCCCCGUCGCGCCCUACCGUCGCCAAACCCGCUCCCGCUCUCCAGCAGACCCGUCCAGCUACCACCGCCGCAGCCCCCCCUCAGCAGCACGCGCAAGCUCCUCCCGCGCAGGCUGCUCCUAGCCAGGGCCCCGGUCUGCUCGGCCAGAUGGCCAGCACUGCUGCUGGCGUUGCUAUCGGCUCCUCCAUCGGCCACGCCAUCGGCGGACUCUUCAGCGGCGGCUCGUCUGCCCCCGCCGCCCCCGAGCAGAGCCAGCAGGUCCAGGCCACUUCCCAGCAGCAGAACUACGCCAGCGAACAGGGCAACUGCGCGCCCGCCGUGCAGCAGUUCACCAAGUGCAUGGAUGACCACCAGGGCAACAUGCAGAUCUGCAACUGGUAUCUUGAGCAGCUGAAAGCCUGCCAGUCUGCCGCUUCCAACUACUAG